UUAUAACUAUUUUUUGUUUUUUUUCCUCGAGAGAGAGAGAGAGCAAAAUCCUGAUUAUUGGAAUUGUUUUUCUCUCUGGAUUUUGACUUCACAUUACAUUGCCCUUUUCUUCUUCUUCUUCUUCAUCUUCAGAACAACACAGUCACCGGUUCUUUCAGAUUCUCUUUUGUUCCAUUUGUUAAUUCCACUCCAAAAUUACGCGACAAAACUCUCACACUCACCACAUUCAUUAUUUUCCUUCACACAAACAUUAUUUCCUUUAAUUCGGACCCUUUCUCAGCUUCAUUUUCUUCUCUUCUCUCUUUCAUUUCUAUGUAAUUUUCCCCCUAUUGUUGUUGCCAUUCAUCUGAGUGUGACUUUCUUUUCCUUUGAGAAAGUGUGAACUUUUCCGUCCGGCGAUUUGCCGUGAAAGCGAAGAUUUGGAGGGUUGAUGCGUCGGUGUUUUUCUUCAUCCGAACGCCAUUGUUGAUUCUUCUAGUAAAAAGCACAAGGGGGAAAAACAAAAGGCGAAGCUUUCGUUUCUUCAGUUUUCUGUCUCUUGAAACUUGAAUCUUUCUUUUUCCCUACGGGGAUUGGAGUCGUGGAAUGCGGGCUAUUCACACUUUCACGCAUCAGAGAUCUAAUCUGAGCUUCUGGUUCUUUCUCUUUCUCUCACUAACUUCAACACAAACACAGAAGUGUUACUGAAAGAGAGAAGAAGAUGAUGAGGAUGAGGAACAUGACCAAUAAUUAUGGGGUCUCCGCCGUGAAUAAUGGAAGCGAGGCUACAACAACGAGGGCAAUGGAAUGGGAGAUGAGACCAGGUGGAAUGCUGGUUCAGCGCAGAACCGAUGACUCGGAUCGGAACUCAGUGCCGCCGGCACCGACAAUUAGAGUUAGGGUUAAAUACGGAUCAACCUACCAUGAAGUCAACAUUAGUUCUCAAGCUACAUUUGGGGAAUUGAAGAAAAUGUUGUCUGGUCCAACUGGGUUGCACCACCAGGAUCAGAAGAUAUAUUACAAGGACAAAGAGAGGGAUUCAAAGGCGUUCCUUGACAUUGUUGGAGUGAAGGACAAGUCCAAAUUGGUGUUGGUGGAGGACCCUCUUAGCCAAGAGAGAAGGUACUUGGAGAUGAGAAAGAAUGCUAAGAUGGAAAAAGCUGCCAAGUCCAUUUCUGAAAUCAGCUUGGAAGUUGAUAGACUUGCAGCCAGGGUGUCAGCACUGGAAUCAAUUAUUAGUAAAGGUGGCAAAGUUGCUGAAAUUGAUGUCAUUAGUCUCAUUGAGCUCUUGAUGAAUCAACUCCUUAAAUUGGAUGGUAUAAUGGCUGAUGGAGAUGUUAAACUGCAGAGGAAAAUGCAGGUAAAACGAGUUCAAAAGUAUGUUGAAACUCUUGAUAUGCUUAAAAUUAAGAAUUCUAUGGGCAAUGCCAACAAUGGAGGGCAUCAUGCAUCAGUGAAGGCCCAACAAAGGCAUUCAAAUGUGCAUAGACUAGCAACAAUUCAAGAGCAACCACAAUCACAAGGUGUGUCAAAUGGGAAUAAUCAUAGAUCAGCAACAAUUCAGGAGCAGCAGCAGCAGCAAAACCAGCACUCAGAAGUAGUAGUUACCACAAAAUGGGAGACAUUUGAUUCUCUGCCACCGUUAAUUCCAGUAUCUUCUUCCACAUCCACAUCAGCAAGCCCACUGAAUAAUGGCAACAACAACAAUAGUAAUAACAAUUCAGUUCAUCACAAGUUCAAUUGGGAAUUCUUCGAUUGAGUAGCAUAACCA